UGCAAAAAGAAGCCCUCGAAGUAUUUUUAAACCCUAAAUAGUCUUCUUCGUUCCAAACAGAAACGUAGCCUUCUUCUAAAUAUCUCGCUCCUCGCUCUCACACACCAGAGAGGCAAUGGCGGCUACAGUUACUGCUAUCAGCCUCACGCUAAGCCAACCCUCCACUUGUCGUCUGCCAAAGUCUCCAACCUCUACCAAGUUAAGGGUUUUCACUGUCAGAUGCUCCUCGUCCCCCAGAACCACCACUGCCAUUGGUUUGGCAGACAGACCUUGGAAAACGUCAGAUGCUAGACUAGUGCUUGAAGAUGGUUCAAUUUGGAGAGCUAAGUCGUUUGGUGCUUCAGGAACCCAAGUUGGUGAAGUGGUAUUUAAUACAUCUUUGACGGGGUAUCAAGAGAUUCUGACUGACCCUAGUUAUGCUGGCCAGUUUGUUCUAAUGACAAACCCACAUAUCGGAAAUACUGGUGUAAACUUUGAUGAUGAAGAAUCAACGCAAUGCUUCCUUGCUGGCCUAGUGAUUAGAAGCUUAAGUAUUAGUACGUCGAACUGGAGAUGCACAAAAACACUUGGUGAUUAUUUAGCAGAAAGGAAUAUCAUGGGAAUAUAUGACGUUGACACACGUGCAAUUACUCGCAGAUUAAGGCAAGAUGGAAGUCUCAUUGGUGUUUUGAGCACUGAAGAAACUAAGACAGACAAGGAGCUAUUAGAAAUGUCUCGUUCAUGGAACAUUGUUGGUAUUGAUUUGAUUAGUGGUGUUUCAUGCAAGGCCCCUUAUGAAUGGGUUGAUAAAACAAAUCUAGAGUGGAGUUUUAACUCCAGAAAAGAUGUAGAAACUUUCCGUGUUGUUGCGUAUGAUUUUGGAAUCAAGCAUAAUAUACUUAGGCGAUUAGCAUCCUAUGGUUGUAAAAUUACUGUUGUACCUUCAACAUGGCCAUCUUCAGAGGUGCUAAAGAUGAAACCAGAUGGUGUUCUGUUCAGCAAUGGCCCUGGAGACCCAUCUGCAGUUCCUUAUGCUGUUGAAACAGUCAAAGAAAUACUAGGAAAGGUUCCUGUUUUUGGAAUUUGCAUGGGUCAUCAGUUGCUAGGCCAGGCAUUGGGUGGUACAACCUUUAAAAUGAAGUUUGGUCACCAUGGAGGAAAUCAUCCAGUACGCAACCUUCGGACUGGUGAUGUUGAGAUUAGUGCUCAGAAUCACAACUAUGCAGUCGACCCAAAAUCACUUCCCAAGGGAGUGGAAGUUACCCAUGUAAAUCUUAACGAUGGAAGCUGUGCCGGUCUUGCUUAUCCUGCUAAAAACAUUAUGUCUCUUCAAUACCACCCUGAAGCAUCCCCAGGACCACAUGAUUCAGAUUAUGCUUUCAGGGAAUUCAUUGAGAUGAUGACGAAAGUUAGACAAGAUUUUUAAAUAAAGCUGCUUGAGACUUUAUAUAUUUGACGACAUUAAGGUGGCAAGGACUGGCAUGGUAUGUACUCAAAGCAAGCAUCUGUUCUUGUCUAGGAGUGGUGUAGAGAAACCAGUGUUCUUUCUUUUGCCUGUUUUUAUCAACAAUUUUGUCAGCUCAUUGUGAAAAUAGUAUUUGGUUUGCAACAUUUGAUUUGUCCUUGACAAUUUAGAACAACCUUUUGAAAGUGUAGUUUGGCUUAACGAAAGUUGUUUCUCUCUUAUCAAUAAUUACCUCCAGCCUGAUUGCAUAUAGUAACUACCAUGUAUUCUAGAUGAGCAAUCACUUUUUCGAACUUCAGUUUCAGUCUAUUUGCUUUGAUGAAUAUUACAUCUACCAUCUUUGUAGCU